AUCACAGAAAAGCUUCCCUCAUAAGACUAUUUUUUUAGCGGACAACAGCUGUCUUCCAAGGUAAUGGGCAAGGGGCGCGAGACAUGCAAUCACAAGGGAUGACUGAUUUUCUUAUGUCACACCCACCACGGACCUAUAACCCCGUGUCUUUUCGGGAGUCUGUGCGUGCAGGUUUGUGCUGUCUAAUGCUAGGCGCCAUGACUCGCCUCCUGGGGUCUCGAGGGGGAAAUUUAGCAGCGUGAGUCUGCUUGGAAAAUAGCAGGGAACGAGCCACUCUGACAGCGCGUCGAGUCGUGACACUUUGAUUCUUGACCUCAAUGUUUCUUUUUUAUCGUCCUGACCUUUAGUCCCGAGGCAUCGUUUGUUUUCUUCUGUGAAAGGAAGCGGGUUGUUGCUGAGACCAGAAUGGCCUCAGCGGUGGAAUGGACGAGGUGAAAAGAGGAAAGAAAAGGAAGUGAAGGGUUUGGGAUGCGCUGGGUGACAUGCACUGCGUCCUUGUAGAGGAAAACCAAGUACUCGAGGAGAAAGUUGUUGCAAAGCGCUCGUGAAGGGAGUCGUGGCGGGGUGAGGGACGGCGGGAGGCAGGGGCGGGGAGGGAGCGUCUGGCUUGCCUGAGGGGAGAAGAGGAGCAUCCGGUAAGUGGCACCGGCGGGGGGCCGUGCUGCCGUAUAGAGGGGCGGGGGAAGAGGGAAGGAAAGCUUUGGGAAUCUUGGUGGUGGUGAUGGUGGCGGCGGUGGACUCCAGUGAAAGUGUUGACCAGCACGGUAGUGCGCAUGCGCGUGCGUGGCCCGGUAUAUAUCGUGAGCGGGUGGGGCUGGUCGCGAGUGUCAGCAGCCGGACCUUCACAUAAUGGCUCGCCUUUGGUACAUGUGGAGCACCGCCGUGCUUUUGGCCGCCGCUAGUGGUCUUCAUGCGCCUUUCCUUCCCCGAGAGCGCCGCCAAAUCACCAACAACUUUGAUUUGGACCUGCCGGUGGAGGACCUGUGCAAGAACAAGGCCAGCAACGAGUUCUUCCGUCUGCCCGACACCAACGACUGCAGGGACGUGUUUAGCCCCCUUCUACAGGCAAGGGUCAAGAACUGCGAUAAGCUGGAGAAGCCAACCAAGGUGAAGCCGCUGUUCAACACGGACACGCCACUCUGCCCAGAGGGUCAGCUGGCCUGCGGGAAUGGCGUCUGCCUCUCGCAAGCCUCCUUCUGUGACGGCAUUUUUGACUGCGAGGACAACUCUGACGAGAAUGCUUGCAGCGUGGAGGAGGACCCCAACCGCGCCCCGGUGUGUGACAACAAGCAGUGUGUCUUGCCGGACUGCUUCUGCUCCGCGGACGGCACGCGCAUCCCGGGGAACCUGGAGCCCUCCAAUACGCCUCAAAUGAUCACCAUCACCUUCUCCGGUGCCGUUAACGUGGACAACGUCGACCUUUACCAAGACCUUUUUAAUGACGAGAGUAAGAACCCGAACGGCUGCCAGACGAAGGCCACGUUCUUUGUCUCCCACAGGUACACCAACUACUCCGCCGUGCAGGAGCUGCACCGCAAGGGUCACGAGAUCGGCGUUUUCUCCAUUAGCAACCGCGAGAGUCCCGACUACUGGACGCAUGGCACCUACGACGACUGGCUGACGGAGAUGGCCGGGGCGAGACUCAUCCUGGAGCGCUACGCCAACGUCAGCGACAACUCCAUCAUCGGGGUGCGCGCCCCCUACCUGCGGGUGGGCGGAAACACACAGUUCGAAAUGAUGACAGACCAACUCUUCAUCUAUGACUCCUCCAUCACCGCGUCCCUCAGCAAGGUGCCGCUGUGGCCCUACACCCUCUACUUCCGCAUGCCGCACAAGUGUCACGGCAACGCCCAGAACUGCCCCUCGCGCUCCCACCCGGUUUGGGAAAUGGUCAUGAACGAGCUGGAUCGACGCGACGACCCUAAAUUCGACGAGACCUUACCCGGCUGCCACUUCGUCAGCUCCUGCACCAACAUCCGCACCGGCGAGCAGUUCGAGCAUUUCCUGGAACACAACUUCCAGCGUCAUUACCUAACCAACCGCGCACCUCUCGGCCUCCACUUCCACGCCGCCUGGCUGGAGAGUAACAAAGACUACAAGAAAAUUCUCAUCAAUUUCAUCAAAGAAAAGACGUCCCAGAACGACGUUUACUUCGUAACGAUGCUGCAGGUGAUCCAGUGGAUGCAGAGCCCCACGGAGUCCACGGCCAUUAGGGACUUCCCGGAGUGGAAGGAGAAGUGUGACGUGAAGGGUCUGCCUUACUGCUCGCUGCCCAACACGUGUUCCCUCACCAGCCGGGAGCUGCGCGGCGAGACCCUCAAUCUGUACACCUGCAUGCAGUGCCCCCGCGAGUACCCGUGGCUGCUCGACCCCACCGGCGACGGCCUCGAACUCGUGUGAGUCUUAAGAACACCGCAAAGACUUUUAUGAUGAUUAACGAGAAACUGGAAUGCGUUACGAACAGCGGCAAGUGACGUCGAUGUAACGCCAGCAGAAGUGAACAGCAAAUUUGAAAGAAAAACUUAAGAAAUGGUAUUAGUUGUUCUUUUUUGCACCAACACGAGAAAAUAAAAACUCCCUUCAGAGGCAUGAUAAAGAGAGCGGCCACCAAAGAGCACCAAGCCUGACCCCCUGGGCUGCCUGGUUGGCGUGAGGGACACCCCGCCCACCGUCCGGCUGGUCCGACCCGCAAUCUAGUCCCGUUCACCCCCAGCAGCGCCAGUGUUCCUCAAGAUGUCGUUUCCUCUCCCCUCCUCCUCAGCCCUUAAUACCACGCCCCCUCCUCACGACCCCUGCACCAAGAUAUCGUGACCUCUCAAACUGUGCGUCCCUUCCUCGGCUCCCAACACACCAAGACCUUGAUCCAUUUUCUAGGACUCAAAUUCAUCAACCAGUAUCCACCCCCCCCAGUGCUUCUGAUCAUCAACCCAGUGCCUCUAACUCUUGAUUAGGACGACGUUUCGGCUCCCCCUUCCCGCCUGUUUAUGCCCCUAGAAACUUACUGCCCUCAGAAGACUCACUUACAAUUACUCGCCUCCCCAUCCCGCACCAUAGCCUUCCCUCCACGCGCCCCCUUCCUUCCUUCAGACAAAACCACACUAAUUCACGGGUCAAAUUGUGCAUCAUUACUUUUCGUUUUGGUGUGUCAUCGAAACACUUCACGCGAUGGCUCAAAGAAAAGAUGUUAGAGUUGAGAUUAUGUCUUUCCGGAUCCUCGCUUCCUCUUUGUCUCCCUCCCUCGCUUCUUUCUUCAUUCCCCUCUUGCCUCCCUCCACUUGCGUUUUCUCACGGCCAGAAAAAAAAAAGGUGUUUCAUUGUCUUUCUAAAGGUCGAUUUUCUGAACGUAACUCCCGAAGGCCCGGUCAUGGAUCACACACACACACACACACACACACACACACACACACACACACACACACACCUCCCCGUCACCAUAGUAGAAUAAACAAACUCAUAAGCGAUUCUGUGAGGAAAAGAGAAGAACGUGCUCUCCCUUCCCUUUUCUCUCUCUCUCUCUCUCUCUCUCUCUCUGGCACCUACACGACGAAUCAGACAUCACUGCUUGUAACUUUCAUAGUAUAGAGGGUUAGGUAUCACUUUUGUAUGAGGUAUGUUAAUCUUAGGCUAUUGUGUGUUUUUACGGUUUCGUGUAUGUUAGUUAUUUUUUGUAUGUUUGAAGUGGGGCUUUUUUUUGCAUCUUUUUUUUUCCCCAUUCAGUUGUCUACAGUAAAAGAAAAAAAGAGUAAUGUUAUAAGGUAAGCGUCUUUGUACCGUCUGGAGUUUGUUCGUUACGGCACAGGCUCUGAAUGUCAGCGGCGGGGUUGGUAUGUACGUUAGGCUGGUAGCGUUACUGUUAUGUUCGUGGUAAUAGUUCAACGUCGUGCUCUUCGGAAAGUGUUUGAAAUAAGUAUUGACGACACGUAUAUAUAUUUUAUUUUUAAUUUCCAUCGAUUUUCAUCAGCAAGACACUCCCCAGGCAUUUCCUUCCACUGGUGUCUCAACCUUGUGUGUAUUUCAGGAUAUUUUUUCUGUAUAUUAUUUUUUGUACGUGAACCAAAAGAUUUCUGAAAGCCAACCAGUUCUUUUGUGUCUUGUGUGCGUCUUCACAUGCGUACACGGGGACUCCUUUGUC